CCUCUCCAUCUCAAUCAUCCCUCCCCUGAUUUUCAGUUUCAGCCAUUAAUUUCCAUGGCCGCUUAGUUCUUCCAGAUCCUUCUUCUCUUCUCCAAUCGCCGCCCACGCCGGAGCUUCCUCCUCUUCCUCCCACGUGAAAUGCGUGUUUCACGUGUGAAUUAACUCCGACGCAACGCCGUCGUUCUCUUCUUAUACUCUUUUUCUGUGAGACUUCUUCGAUUGAGAUGCAGAAUAACUCUGUAUUGGCUUUGGCUAUGUCUUUUUCUCCUAAUUCUAUUGCUACGGCUACUGCUCUUCCAUGCCCUAGCCGAAGUCCUAAUUUCUUUCGUUUCUCGCACAUUCUUCAAUUUCGUUCUCACAGUUCGAUUUCAUGGCGUUCUUCUUCUCCGAUCUCUGUCUCUUCUCCUGGAUUUUCUCCGAGGUUUCGGAAAUUUGCUGUAAUGGCUGCUUCUGUGCCGGAGAGUGCCGGCGAGGCCGUGGAAUCGGUUGAUUUUGUUCAUAAUUAUCUCCGGCUUGGUGCAAUGUUUGGGAUUUGGUACCUUUUGAAUAUCUACUACAAUAUUUUCAACAAACAGGUUCUAAAAGCCUUUCCAUUUCCAACUACGGUCACAGCUUUCCAGUUCGGGUGUGGUACGAUGAUAGUAAACUUAAUGUGGGCUCUUAAUUUUCAUCAUAGGCCAAAGAUCAAUCGAUCCCAGUUUGCUGCCAUUCUUCCGCUGGCUGUAGCGCACACAAUGGGAAACAUAUUAACCAAUGUGAGUCUUGGGAGAGUUGCGGUUUCAUUCACUCACACCAUUAAAGCAAUGGAGCCAUUUUUCACUGUCCUUCUCUCUGCUUUGUUUUUGGCUGAGAGGCCCACAUUUUGGGUUGUUUUUUCUCUGGUACCCGUUGUUGGAGGAGUGGCACUCGCUUCUUUUACCGAAGCCUCCUUUAAUUGGAUUGGCUUCAGCAGUGCCAUGGCUUCAAAUCUCACCAAUCAAUCACGUAAUAUCUUCAGCAAAAAGUUCAUGAUACACAAAGAGGCAUUGGACAAUAUCAAUCUGUUCUCUGUAAUUACUAUCAUUUCGUUUAUCCUGCUGGUUCCCUCAGCUCUUCUCCUUGAAGGCACUAAAUUUAGUCCUUCAUACCUACAAUUAGCUGUAAAUCAAGGGUUGAAUAUUAGGGAGCUGUGCAUUAGGUUGCUUAUAUCUGGCAUCUGUUUUCAUAGUUAUCAGCAGGUUUCUUAUUCAAUACUACAGGAAAUUUCACCAGUGACCCAUGCAGUAGGAAAUUCUUUGAAGCGAGUAGUGGUUAUAGUCUCCUCUGUUCUUUUCUUCCAAACAGCAGUCUCACCUCUCAACGCCCUAGGAACUGGCAUAGCUCUAAUGGGAGUUUUCUUGUAUUCAAGGGCAAAGCGUAUGAAGUCAAAUCUUAAGUCUCUCUAAAUUAUUUCUGUUUCGGUUUUCGUUUUUCAUUUUCGUUUUCGUUUUUCUCUCUUCGUCCCAAUCUCUAUAAAUGGUCUAUGUGAAGAAGAGUGAGAACUAACCAUAUAUAACAUACAACAAGAGUUUACUUUAUGACUAGAAUUAGAGAUUAUGUUUUUAUCAAAAGGAAAAAAGAAAAAAGAAACAAGAAAGUAGUGAUUAUGUAUUUUUGUGUAAUGUAGUGAUUUUGAUAGUUCAAAUAAGAAAUAUAAGUCGUCGACAUUGUCACAAUUUAUCGGUGGUAAUUGACAUGUAUUUCUUCUUUUGAGAUUGGAGAUUUACAUCCCUUUUAUAUAUA